GCGGAGCGCAGAGCCAGUCAGACCUCUCACUGGCCGCGGCUCGGCGCAGCGGCGCGCUCCAGCUCAGAAUACCUGGAUCUUCAAUGGCAGGUGACGACGUGAUCAGAAGACCGAGAUGAAUUUUAACACUAUUCUAGAAGAGAUUCUUAUUAAAAGGUCACAGCAGAAAAAGAAGACGUCACCUUUAAACUACAAAGAGAGACUUUUCGUCCUUACACAGUCCAUGUUAACCUACUAUGAGGGUCGAGCAGAGAAAAAAUACAGGAAGGGGUUUAUUGAUAUUUCAAAAAUCAAGUGUGUGGAAAUAGUGAAGAACGAUGACGGUGUCAUCCCCUGUCAGAAUAAAUAUCCGUUUCAGGUUGUUCAUGAUGCUAAUACACUUUAUAUUUUUGCACCUAGUGCACAAAGUAGGGACCGGUGGGUGAAGAAGUUAAAAGAAGAAAUAAAGAACAACAAUAAUAUUAUGAUUAAAUAUCAUCCUAAAUUCUGGGCAGAUGGAAGUUAUCAAUGCUGCAGACAAACUGAAAAACUAGCACCUGGAUGUGAAAAAUAUAAUCUUUUUGAAAGCAGUAUAAGAAAAGCCUUGCCCCCUGCACCAGAAACAAAAAAGAGAAGGCCUCCUCCACCCAUUCCACCUGAAGAAGAAGAUAAUAGUGAAGAAAUAGUUGUGGCAAUGUAUGAUUUCCAGGCAACAGAGGCACAUGACCUCAGACUGGAGAGAGGCCAAGAGUAUAUCAUAUUGGAAAAGAACGAUGUCCACUGGUGGAAAGCAAGAGAUAAAUACGGGAGUGAAGGGUAUAUCCCAAGUAAUUAUGUAACAGGAAAGAAAUCAAACAAUUUAGAUCAAUAUGAAUGGUAUUGCAGAAAUACAAAUAGAAGCAAGGCAGAACUACUCCUCAAAACUGAAGAUAAAGAAGGUGGUUUUAUGGUAAGGGACUCUAGUCAGCCUGGCCUGUACACAGUCUCUCUUUAUACAAAGUUUGGAGGGGAAGGUUCCUCAGGCUUUAGGCAUUAUCACAUAAAGGAAACAGCAACAUCUCCAAAGAAGUAUUACCUAGCAGAGAAGCAUGCUUUUGGUUCAAUUCCUGAGAUUAUUGAGUAUCAUAAGCACAAUGCAGCAGGACUUGUCACAAGGCUGCGGUACCCAGUUAGUACAAAGGGGAAGAAUGCACCAACCACUGCGGGAUUCAGCUAUGAGAAGUGGGAGAUUAACCCUUCAGAGCUGACCUUUAUGAGGGAGUUGGGGAGUGGACUGUUCGGAGUGGUGAGGCUGGGCAAGUGGCGAGCCCAGUACAAAGUAGCUAUCAAAGCUAUUAGAGAGGGUGCCAUGUGUGAGGAGGACUUCAUAGAAGAAGCUAAAGUCAUGAUGAAGCUGACACAUCCCAAGCUGGUACAGCUUUAUGGGGUAUGCACCCAGCAGAAACCAAUUUACAUCGUGACUGAGUUCAUGGAACGGGGCUGCCUUCUGAAUUUCCUCCGACAGAGACAAGGCCAUUUCAGUAGAGACAUGCUGCUGAGUAUGUGUCAGGAUGUGUGUGAAGGCAUGGAGUACCUGGAGAGAAACAGCUUCAUCCACAGAGACUUGGCUGCCAGAAAUUGUCUGGUAAAUGAGGCGGGAGUUGUGAAAGUCUGUGAUUUUGGCAUGGCCAGGUAUGUUCUGGAUGAUCAGUACACAAGCUCUUCUGGUGCUAAAUUCCCAGUGAAGUGGUGCCCGCCUGAAGUAUUUAACUACAGCCGUUUUAGCAGCAAGUCAGAUGUCUGGUCAUUUGGUGUCUUGAUGUGGGAAGUCUUCACGGAAGGCAGAAUGCCCUUUGAGAAGAACACCAAUUAUGAAGUGGUAACCAUGGUUACUCGAGGCCACCGCCUCCACCGGCCGAAGCUGGCGUCUAAAUACAUAUAUGAGGUGAUGCUGAGGUGUUGGCAGGAGAAACCAGAGGGAAGGCCUUCAUUCGAAGAUUUGCUGCGCACAAUAGAUGAACUAGUUGAAUGUGAAGAAACUUUUGGAAGAUAAGCAUUGGGACCAGUGGCUCCCAGAUCCCAAGGCAUGAGAAAAGGCCACUUGGUGAACUUAUUUGGCACCUGGCUGUCUAGAUUGUUUUACUUAUAAAUUGGAAAUGCCUAAGGCAUUUUCUUUCAGACCAACUGUAACUCCGUAACUGUCUUCCGGACUGUGAAGAUGGUACUUAGAGUUGGUGAUUGAAAGUGUUCGCUUCUCUGCAUUCCUCAGGAACUUGAAUAUGUACAGUGUAUCAGGCACAGUGCCUAGACCCCUGGCUUUGCCCAUUGUAGGGAUGCACACAGACCCACGUUGGCCUGUGUCUGUAGAAAACCAGUGAGAAGGCAAGGAGUCAUGUUUCAGUAACCCAUCUCUUUCCUUGGGUUUCUACAGAGAUCUGGGCCUAGAGCAUCAUCUAGACUUGAGUUCUAGGUGAAUAAAGAACCUGACUUGGAUAAGUACUCAUCCCUGUUCUUAGUAUCACAGGUUAAAAUAUUUGUAUGCUGUACAUAUUGUAAGUACAUUUAAUAUAUAAAGUUAUAUAUUUAU